GCUUUCACCGACCUCAUUGUUGUAAAUUUAAUCGCCAUGAGAUUGCAUUCUUACCCAUAAAGGGGUGUGUCCUUCGGAAUGAGGACCAUUCCCCUAAUGACGUGGAUUGUGUUCCAUUUAGAAAUUGGUUUCGGUUCCAAAGACUGCCCUGACAUACAUCCUCCCGUUCCAACUGGAGGAACAGCCACCAUUCUUCGGAACGCGGACCACAACGUGUUGGUUCGAUAUACUUGUCAUGAGCACUAUUUCCUCCUGGGUCAAGCUGAGUAUCGAUGUCUAAAUGGAUCUUGGAACAAUGAAAAAGAAAUAGUGGCGCCCAUUUGCGCCCUGGAUCUGACUGAACAUGAACAGAUUACGGUCUCACUCUCGGAAGGAACCACGGGCCAAAAAGCGGUUGACUUUGUCAAUGGAUCGGAACAUAAGGGGUAUCAAUGUGCCAAGACGGUGGGUAAUUUUCCAUGGAUCGUCUUGGAUAUGGAUCGGGAUGACCUUACCAUUCUACAAUUUCGGUUCAGCUUAGCCGACGAUGAGCCGUUGGUUUCUAAUAUGGAAAUUCGAUUUGGAAAUGAGUCGAUUCAUUGGAACAACCCUUUGUGUGAUUGGUUGGAUCAAACAAGGCUUAUUGAAAAGAUCAAUGGUAUGGUUGUAGUCGAUUCUUGCCAAGGACAGGGACGAUAUCUAUCGUUGGCUUCGGUGAACUCCAAAAUUCCUAUUGUCCUUUGCGACGUUCAAAUUCUCGUCGAUUCUCACGCAACCUCCAAUAAAUAUUUGUGUGGAAAAGGAAAGACACAAAAUGUGUUCACGAAGUUCGGCGAAUGUUAUCAUGAAAACCAAAAGGAUCGUAUGGACCAAAUUCAAGCACAGAACUAUUGUUCCGCGUUGGGCUUACAGUUGCUAACAAAUGAGAACCCGAGGUUCUACGACUGGAUCAAAGACAAAAUGAAAGCCAAGUUAGCAACUAAAAGACAAAUGAUUUGGCUUGGUGCUAAACGAACCGACAAUGUUUCCAAUUGGUUCUGGAAUUUACAAACUAACAACGCCCUUCAGUUUUAUGAUUGGGGAAUCCAAGAACCUUCGGCGGAUCUUUGUGUGGUUAUUGAUUCCGCUUUAGGUUGGAAAUGGAACGCAGUGAAAUGCCGAAUUUCUGGCACAGUCGUGUGUCAAAGUCCGAUCAGCAAAUGCCCGAACCCCGGAUUAUCUCUCGGUGAAAUACCCCUGUCAAGCUCAAAACCCAUUUACAAUGUCAACGAAGUGUGGCUGUAUAAAAAUGGCAGUAAUAUGUCAAUUCAGCGAACUUGUCAGAGCUCAGGAGAUUGGAGCAUGGCGGAGAUUGCAUUAGCAGAAACUUCUGUUCAAAUCAAGACAACUCUCAAAACGAUGACGGAAAGGGUGACGGAUGUCGGAAUGAUCUUGAAACAAGACGAGAAGUCCCAGGAGACCAUUAGUGGGAAAUUUGAGGAGAAUGGCGCUGGAAGCUCAAAGCUCUCUCCAAUAUGUUCAACGUUGUCUAUCUUUAUUAUGAUUUUUCCUUCUGUACCACAUUCGGCAAGAUUUUUUCACCCUCUGAAAUGACUUGAAGUUCAUUGGUGAAAAGUUCGAUAAAAAAUUCAUCUUCGAACGCCAACAGUCACCCUCAAUAUCCAGUUGAUGAAUUUUGAAUCUUUGUUUUGGUAGGUUGAAUGAAUGUGUGUCUAUCUUU